GACAAAAUCCUUUGCAGAUCUUCAAAUAAUUUGGGAACAAACAAAAUACACUUGGUGCGACGAUACAGUACAAAAGCGCUAUUGUUGGCACCAGUCGACUUGGGCGAGCAACAUUGUUUGGCAAAUCUCAAGAAUAUGGUUGAAAGUCAAGGAUAGCUGCCGCUUCAAACUCGCACUGGCCCUUUGUUCCAGUGUGUCAUGGCAAAAUGGACACCUACUUGAAAAUGAAAAAGGGCCCAUACUUACACGCAACCUUUUUAAUAACAAACAAUCCUGAAACUAGAGAAAGUUCUUGAUAUCAAAACUUGUUAGAAGUACAAAUUAAGAAACACGGUCAAAAAGUUCAGGGCAGGUCGACAGGCUAAAUAAAUAAUCUUUGAAAGCAACAAAAGCAUUGACAAACUAUACUGUUGAAGGUGUUCAAGGAUUGUAGCUCUUGAAGUGAAGUUCAAAAGAUACAUGAUGCUGACCGUUGUCGUUUGUUUGGACUUUUUAAAGAGAUUGUGUGCAUCGAGAUCCAACCAUGAUUGUACAUUGUUUUUCUGUUUUGGCGACUCAUCUUAAUAUUACUAAAAGCUAAUGCAAUGACAAAAAGACAGGUGUAUGUAAGCAAAUCCAGUUUCAGUAAAUGUACGAUUUUACAUAUUCAUAUGAUUAAAAUGUUAAAUAUUUGUUGCUGUCAUAGAUACAAUCAGUCAGCUGGUACACUCAACUCAAGUAGCAUGUGUAUAAGUUGCCGUGAACGUAUAUGAUACAAAGUAGUCCAUUAAAAAACUACAAUGAACACAACAGAUAAUUCUCUUGAAACUACGAAGUUGGUUGUUUUCUGCGAUUUGCUCGGCGUGACAUCUAAUUCGGUGCUGGCGUUUCCCAAGACUGAAUAUGCAACCAAUCAAGCCCCUCUUUUCAUCUUGAUGAUGUUGAAUGGUGUAAACGGCACCCAGGCAGGAUGUAUCGUUUCCACUUUGCUUGUUAUCUCGACAUGCUUUACGAUCGGUCUCUCAUCCAUCAACUUAUUCGCCAUGACAUGGGAACGGUACGUCGCGAUUUUUCAUCCGUAUCGCUACCCGAUUGUUGUCACCAAAACGAGGCUGCUAUUCUCCUUGGUUUUCGGUUUUGGAAUUGAUGCACUCCUUCAAGGAGUGCUCGUUACUUUAACCGAUGAAAUGGCUAUGAUAUACAUUGCAAUGAGGACAACAAUUCUUUUCUUCUUUACUGCGUUUGUUUACUCAAAAAUAUACGUGGUCGUUCGAAGGCUGAUAAGAAUUGACAAGGUGCGUGCUAUUGGUUUUGACAACGUCGUCAAUGUUGGUCAAACUAGUGUAAAGUGGAAAGUGCUAAUUCGUGAAGUCACACAAGCAAAGUCUUGUUUCUUAAUUGUCGCUUGUUUUUUUACGUUUAAUUUCCUGCCUGCUUUAAGUCUUGCACCUGUCAUGAGAACCCUUGAAGUGUUCGAGCAAAUUCUGGCGUUUACGUGGAUCUUCCUUGUUAUGUUCCUCAAUUCAUCUUUCAACUCGAUUAUAUUUUUUUGGGCAAAAAAGUUAUUGAGAAAAGAAGCAAGCAAGAUUUUCGGCAGUUCAUAUUAUAGAAAGACUAUCCUUGAUACUACUGCUGCACGUUUGGCUACAUUACCAAUUGCCAGAAAAGACGAGCUUGAGAAUGAGAGCACCAUUAAUUGCUAUUAUUAUAUGGCAAACGUCACUUCCGGCUAAAUGGCGCGCUUUGGUUGGCUCAGAAACAUUUUUGCCGGUCCAUUAUUUUCCCGUAAUCAACCACUGUCCAAAACGCGCAAUUUUACUGUAAAAUGUAAACAAAGUUCGUAAUGCAAACAGCAAAACGCAAAA